AUGGCAGACGAUAGGACACCGCUCGUCCAAGGUACUCCAGCUCAUUUCCUGCACCACGCCGGUUCUUCCCGGCUACCCCAGACCAUCGCGCAUCGGGGCUUCAAGGGCAGCUAUCCGGAGAACACGCUCAUUGCCAUAGAUGGUGCGAUCCGUGCAGGCAGCCAUGCUAUCGAGAUUGACCUCCAUCUUACCCGAGAUGGAGUCGUAGUAUUGUCGCAUGAUAAAACUCUCGAGCGCUGCUUCGGGAUCAAGAAGAAUAUCAUCGACUGCGACUGGAGCUAUAUCCAGACCCUGCGGACCCUCGCGGCACCGCAUGAGCCCAUGCCGCGAUUAGCGGAUGUCCUCGAAUACCUGGUGCAACCGGGCCGGGAGCAAAUCUGGGUGAUGCUGGAUAUCAAGCUGGACAACGAUCCUCUCGCCAUCAUGAAAGGCAUCGCGGAGACCAUCCAAUCCGUGCCCAUCCGCACCGUAGACUGGCAUCGCCGCAUCAACAUCGGCUGCUGGUCCGCCCGGUACCUGCCACUGUGCCAGCGGUAUUUGCCCCGAUAUGCGAUCACUCUGAUCUGCUGGAACGUGAGCUAUGCACGCCAGUUCCUCCAAGUGCCGCGCAUUGCCUUUAGCAUCAAUCAAAAAGUUUUGAUCGGCCCGUUGGGCAACGGCUUCCUUGAGGAAGUGCGAGCGGCACGCAGACGCGUCUAUGUGUGGACGGUGAAUGCUCCGGCCCUGAUGCGCUGGUCGAUUCACCAUGAGGUCGACGGAGUCAUUACCGACCAUCCAGACCGGUUCCGGGAGGACUGCAAACAGUGGGAAGAGCAUCUCACGAGUGAUUCUCCAUCCAAACACGACCCAGCCCUGGAUCGACUCUCGCUGAAACAGCGUGUGGAGAUUCUCGUAGUGGCGUUGUAUGUGGUCGUAUUCGGCUGGUUCUAUCAGAAGAACUUUCCCGCCGUGGAGCGGGUGCAGUUCGAGGAGCACAAACUCGAGUAA